CGCUCAUUAUAGUUGCCGAGAAUGACCUUCAACAGUCAAGGUCCGAGUGAAAGCGACUUAGGGAAAGAUGCUAACGUUUUAAUAAUGGAGCUAAACAAAGGUUUCCAGUCGACAAAUCUUGGGAUUCAAUGCAAAACAAUUGCACAGUUUCCCUCCGUUCUUGAAAAAUAUCCUUUCCCUGUUGUUAUAAACUCUAUACUAUUAAAAAUCACUCAGAUAUUCUGCGAUGGAAAUAAUUACCUUCGUCUCUGCAUUUUGCGUGCAUGUACCGAGUGUAGAACUCACUUCAAAAAGCUUACAGUCUGUGAGGAUAUCAUCCGUAAAUUGCUACCCUUUACGGAAAGUAAUGACCCCACUGUUCGAGCUCUUACUUUACGUCUCUUUGGGAUUUUAAAUGAGAUAACUCGGGACCAUCUUGGGGUUCAUCAUGCCAUAUUGAAACAGAUAGAGUCUCAUUAUGAAGUUGAGUCAGAUGCUGCUGUUUGGGCCUGUCAUACAGUUGCACCUAUAUCCAGUGUCUUUGCUGCAAGUCUCUGUCCUAUAUUAUGUAAAAUACUAAAUAACUUGUCGGUAGAUAUGGAUACCAAGCUUAAGUUACUGUAUCUAGGAAAACAUAUGCAUCAUAAUUCUGUUGUCGCAGAAGAGAUACGUCACUGCUUGACAGCAAUGCUUGAAACCUACAAUACCACAGAUUUCGUUACUGGGAUUUUAGAUACUCUUACAGUUUUAGAAACCCGUGCUCCUUUGCAUGUCCAUGUUCAGAUCAACCUUCUUAUCAAACGAUUAUCUAUAGAGCAAAGACCUCAACUUCGUCAAAGUGUCCUUUGGAAUCUCUUAACUCUAGCUGAAAAUGUGUCACAUCACUUCGAGAAAUCCCAUAUCCUUGAGUUGAGUUCCCUUUACCAUGACGAAAACUGUAGCAAAAUGGAUAAAGCGUUAGUUUUACAAAUCUUUUAUUGCCUUACUACAUCAUUUCAUUCUGUUGAAUUUCUCACAUUACCAUCUGGAAAAGAAUCUAAUUCACUCUCACAUUAUACUCCUGUCGAUUGUAUCAAAAGUGCGCUAAAAGAUUCAUCAUCAGCUUAUCUUCUGGUUCAUGCAAUUCAAUUAGCUUGUAAACUGACGAUAUUAAAAGGUGAAAGUGAUCAAUUAAAAUACACUGACGACGAAAAUUGUGAAAUUUAUAUAGAUGAUGAUAAUAUUGGAUUUGAGUUUAAACCAGGACAAUUAAUUCAACUUCUUUUCCAUCAUUUUAAUAAUCCUAUUAACGAAGAAGCAGAAGGAACCAUAAGCAAACGAAAAGCACUAUGGUAUCUGUACGAUAGUCAAAUUCCAGUCGACGAUUUAAAGCGUAUUUAUAACCUACUUGUCGAAUUCUUCAGUACCUUUCCAUCUUAUGCAUCUCAAUUGCAUAAGAUGAACUUUCUUGAAGGUAUAAAACUUGAUGGAGCAAUUUCUACUGGUUUAUUAUGUCAAUUCUUGUGUACAAUGCAUGCUAAACUGUCACAAUUCCUAUUUCUGAAUCCUUCAAUAACAACAGUUGAUAGCGACAUGAAAUCUAUUCAACUUAAUUAUUCAAAUGUUUUGUCGAAACUGACCAAUUCUAUUCAUGAGAAUGGUUUAUCAUCAUCCACUUCUACACAAGAUUGUGUAACUUCUGUGCUUGCCACUGUUGGUUUAGUAUUUCAAUUAACUGGUGGUUCACCGUUAACACAGAGAGAACAAACAAUAUUGAUGCAUUCUGUAGCAAAAUGUUUAGGUGAAAAGAUCAGUAAUAGCGGUAGUAAUACUAGUACUGGUAGUAUUGGGUCAUCAGGUUAUCGUUUAUCACCAUGGAUUGUUUAUCAGUUAGCAAGACAGGGUAAUCGAUAUGGUCAGCAUGAAUUUGCCGGUAAACUUUACGAAAAAUUAUCCUCUUUGGCUAUAACAGAAAAAUCAUACUUUUGGUUAACUGCUCUAUCAGAAUUCAGUCAAAUGGAAUUCAAAUUGAUCAAUUUAACGAGAAACUUGGAAACAGAUGUACAACAAACAAUGUCAACAUCCAAUAUACCGAUGGAUCAAUCAACACAGCCUAUAGUAUUCACUAAAAAGUCCUGGAUUGCUAAAUUAAUUCUAGGUUUAAGAACUGCAUCGGAAGAAGCUUGUAAAUUACAAACUACCAUCAUGUGUGUUGGAGGCAGCGAUGGACGUUGGUUUCAAGCAAAGUAUAUUCAAAUAAGAAGUUUAUUGCUAAUUAAUUUAUCAAAUCUCUGUUCUACCGCAUAUCAUGCAUUAAGAAUUAAACGAUGGUCUGGUUCAAUUUUUAUGAAUCCAUCAUGUCGAAAUGAUUCAUCUCAGUUCCAAACUGCUCAAUGUGUUUCGACUAAUAAUAAUAAUGAUGAUAGUAAUAAUGUAAAUAUGAAUGCAUCAUCAAAUUUAGUCUGGCUUUCAAGUUGUAUUGAAUCGUGGAAUAAUUUAUCACAGGAAAUUUCCAAUCUUCGUGUACAAUGUUUGGAUGCUGAUCUUCAAACACAUAGACAUCUAGAAGCGUAUCCUUUAAAUAAUUAUCAGUAAUUUUCCCUGUAACAUUUUCAUAGAUUACAUAUUUUUUAAACUGUGAACAACAAAACUCACAUAGCAAAUUUCAUCUUAUUUGGUACUUGUCCGACUUUCUUAAAUGGACUCAUUAUGUCAACUGUGAUAGUAAGCGUUCACAAUAAGUUUAUUAAUACUGAUGAGUAAUCUCUUUCUCUUACAUAAUAUUUGUUUACUACUAACAUUUGUCAAGUAGAGUAAUAGUUUAAGUUUCAUUCAAAUUUUAACCAUUAGAUUGAAGCUUCGAAUUCUCCUUUAAUUUGUUUUUGAUUUAGACCAAGUGAUUAGUGUCACUAACCCUCACACCAAAAACAUGUAUGUCAAAAUACGUAAAUCUGGAUUUGUUUAGUGGACUACAUUGUUUAUUUUUUCGUUAAUUUCUCACUCCUAAAUGAACACUCCUUUGAUUAAUAUAAAAUCUUACUUUACCAUUAUCUCGUUGACUAUUUAACCAAUUAUUCUGACAGAUAGAAUUGUUCACGGAUGAUAUUCUACUUUGUGAUAAAUUCCCAAUGAUAUAAUUAAAAGUUAUGAUUAGUCGUAUUCAACUACGUUGAUAGUUUGAUAAGGGACGAUAUGAUUGAAAAUCGGUUACUGUAAUGCAAAUCUAUUCAGUGUUUAUUUUCCCUUAGAUCUCGAGUUUUAAAAUUAUGUCAUAUAUUUUAUUCUACAAAUUCAUUAUUUCUUCAUAAAUCAUAUCAUCUAUCUUUAAUAUUUCCUACCACCACUGAUACCUCUAUUAAUCAUACUACCCAAACAUUUAUUUUGGCAAUUAUAUCUCUCCGUGCUGAUAUGGUAUGGUGACUUGAAUCAGUGAGCACAUGUGCCGGGUCCUACAUUACUUAUAACUGACUGAUUAAUGUCAGUGAUGAGAUUAUAUAUUAUUAAUUACGCUGCCUAAUCAUCUUGCUAUAUAUCACAAAAAGUUGACUGAAGUUGAAAAUAUGAAUUUUCACUUGACAUAGUUUUCUGUAACAUGCUUUCUUGGAGACUUGAUGUCCUUUUUUUCUUCGGUAGUCUGGUCCACACUACUAUGAAGUUACAAACUAAAACAAAAUAUCUGUCCAGUACCAUAUAUUUUUUCCAGUGGUUCAAUGGAUAAAUGUCUAGAAUUUGUAGAUCUGAACAUGGUGGAAUGCUCAUUUUUUCUUCGUUCAUAGUUUCUUUUUAGCUUACUUCCUUAAAGCACUGUUAUGGUAGAAUAACACAGUUGGUUGAAUUUUUUAAUGAACUUCUUAGCUUAAUUGAUGGAUCUAGUUAUUCAUUAAAGUCUUCUUGUAUUGAAGAAUAUUUCUCUUCAAGACAUGAUUCAAGUUCAUUUCAUACAUACGAAUCUGAUCCAUAUGGUAAAAUUGUACCUGUACUAAGGGCAUUAAUAAAAGAGUAUUUUCCAAAUACUAAUUAUAAUACACCAUCUAUUCGUGAAUGGUUACCAAUUAUUAUAUUCAAAGUUGUUCAAUUAGCUACACACUGGCCAAGAUUCUUUUUUCAACGUUUACAAACUACUACGGUACGACUUGUAUUAUUACCAAAAGCUGGUAGUCAUCCAGAUGAUGUGUUAACUAUUAGUAAUGAUAUUUGUCAUAUGAUUCAAGUAAUGGGUGUUGUACAACAACGUAGUCGAUUAACGAAACAAACAUUAUUACGUCGUAUUACAGCUGUACAAAUAAUUAUCAAUGUGAAUGAAAUUUGUCCAGAAACAAUUAAAACAAAUCAAUUCACUAAAUUAAAUUGUAUAUUUUCAACAAAAAAGACUGCACAAUUAAAAGGAGAUUAUUUUCACUGUGAAUUUUGUAUAAGAUUUCCUCAGUCAGAAUUAAAUAAUAAUACACCAUUCUCAUCAUCUGUUGAAAAUGUCAUGAUGACAGCAGUAGGUACUCGUCAAAAUGAUCGAAUAUUUUGUAUACAUGCACAUCCUAUUUUAAUUGAUGAUCUUGGUUCGUAUUGGGAUUUAAGUGCAAAUGCUGGAGCAUCUGAUGAAAGUGUACUUGUUCGAGUGGAAUCACUUCCUGUUGGUGCUCUAUCUACGCAUACAUUGAAUCCUUCAGAUCAACAACAACAUCAUCAUCAACGUUUGGAUAGUCAAGAGAUGAAUGAAAAUCUUCAAACGAUUGGAUCUCAUCAACCUACUUCAUCAAUAUUAACAACAAAUGCAUCAUCGCAUAGUUUUCAUCAAAAACCGAAUUUUUCCAAGUCUAAAAUUGUAUCACGAUCAUUAGACGGUUGGAAAUCUCCACCGAAAAAUCGUUCAAAGAAAAUAACUAGUCAUUUAAAAUCUUCACAAUGAAAAAGAAACAUUCGAACUAACAGUAUGCUUAGACAAAAGUUGUUUUUUAAAAAGAAUACUUCAGAUUGUGUAAAUAUAUUUUGGUACUUCUGAAAUAAAAGUACAUGAUAAG